AUGCUUGUCAUCUUAGCUCCACUUCUAUAUAUUCUCACAAGGAAGCAAAUUCAAUAUGCAAGUGAAAAGGACCUGAAAAAUCUAUCAGUUGUGGUGUUUAAAAAAGAACCAGAGGAUGAAGCCAAAAGACCCUUAAACUGCUCUGAUCUCUAUAUAUUCUCAUCUGAUGAAAUGGUUAAAGCUACUGAUUCUUUUAAUAAUUCAAACUUGAUUGGAGAGGGAACUCUUGGGAAAAUGUACGUUGGAAUAAUGCCAAGUGGAAUGAAAGCAGCAAUCAAGAGACUUAAUGAGGGCAUUGAGCUUCACAAUUUUAUUGAGGAGAUUUUCCGGAAAGCGAAAAUAAGGCAUCCUAAUUUGGGGAGUACUGUGGGAUGUUGUGACAGCGGAGAUGAGUGUCUUGUUUAUGAGUACUGCGUCAAUGGUGAUCUUUCAAGCUGGCUUCUCGGUGACAAAAGGACAGUAAUCUUGACAUGGGAGCGGCGGAUGCAGAUAUUUAUUGGCAUUGCAAGGGGCUUAUGGUUUCUUCAUACCAAUCCCUUGGAAAAAUUAGUUCAUGGAGACAUAAAGUUAGCAAACAUAUUACUGACUGAGAAACUAGAGCCUAAGAUUUCAGACCCCAUGUUAUCAAACUACAAGUUAAAGAAGACUGAAAGGAUGGAAACCACUGCAAAUGAUGUUUUCAAUUUUGGGGUUGUGCUACUUCAACUUUUGACAGGAAGAAAGCCAGAAUCUCUGGUUAAAGAUGGAAGGAAUGCAAUAAUGAAAGGAGGAAGCACAAGGGCAAUGGCUUAA